AUGGAUUCAACCAUUCUUCAGCAUCUCACUUUGGGUUGGGAGAAGACAUCUUUCCUCAUCCAAGCAGCCUCGAAUCAGUGGAAGCUACUCCUCGGACCGAGCCUCCUGGCCUACCUCUGCCUGGUUUCCCUGCUGCGGUUCCGUCGUGCUAAAGGCUUGUAUCUGCGCUACAGUCACCUCCCCAAAGAUGCGUUUUCGGGAAUGACAGUCGAUGAGGCUUUUGCCAUCCACAACAACCUCGUCCAGCUCGAGUUUCCCACAGUCGUUUCUAUCGCUACCGUGUUUGCGCUGUUCAUGACCUAUGGCAUUCCUUCAGUCUCUAGCCUGCUCGUCACGACGGGUCAGAUCCCAGCGGACGGCCGGACCGGAACGAAACGCAUGGCAGAUACGGGAGCGCUUCUGCUGGAGGCGGUUCUGAACCCGCCCGCCUCGGAUCGAGCCAUCGCCGCCGUAGCUCGCAUCAAUUACAUCCACGCUGGUUACCGACGACGCGGCCGGAUCUCGGAUGCCGACAUGCUCUACACGCUAAGUCUCUUUGCGCUUGAGCCUUCUAGGUGGGUCGGCCGAUUGGAGUGGCGCCAGAUUACGGAGCUGGAGCUCUGCGCGAUCGGCGUGCUUUGGAAAAGCAUCGGUGAGGCGAUGGAGAUCCCUUACGAUGCUCUCCCUUCAUCUCGUUGCGGGUGGCGCAAUGGCUUGGAGUGGCUGCGCGAGCUUAGCGAGUGGAGUAGCGCCGACGAAGGCGGCCAUAUGAUACCCUAA